UGAAGCAAACACACAAUUUGUAUUCAAAAAAAGUAGCUAAAAGUAAAAACAAAAGAAAAAUGGAGAAGUGGAUGAACUUGAGAGACGAAGACUUAACGGAAGAAACAAAGACUCUAAUCUCUUCACUUCCUUCAGAGAAAGCCUACCUCGGUCGAAACCUCUGCAAGUACCAAGGUUCUUGGUAUUACUACAACUUUCUCCAAGGUGUUCUCAAUUUCCAGAGAGGUUUUAAGCCUCAAGACACCGAUGUUAUCGUCGCAUCGUACCCAAAAUGCGGCACCCUGUGGCUCAAGGCACUCACAGUUGCGCUCGUUGAGAGAUCAAAGAACCCUUCUUCUGAUGAUCCUACGAGCCAUCCUCUUUUAUCCAACAAUCCUCACAACCUCGUACCUGUCCUUGAGAUGAAUCUUUACCGCGAUACCCAAACACCGGACUUGACCAAGCUCUCAUCAUCAUCUCCAAGGCUGUUCUCUACUCACACGCCUUUCAACACGCUCCAAGUAGCUCUCAAAGACUCUCCUUGCAAGGUACUUUACAUUUGCAGGGACGCGAAGGAUUCUCUGGUGUCACGUUGGCAUAUCGUUUGCAGGAGUCUGAAUAAAGAAGAGGACAGAACCAUUCUUGAGUCUAUGUUUGAGUCCUUUUGCAGCGGAGUCUGCUUGUUUGGUCCGUUCUGGGACCAUAUCCUGAGUUAUUGGAAAGCUAGCUUGGAAAAGCCAAAGCAAGUGCUUUUCAUGAGGUACGAUGAAAUAAAAAUAGAUCCUCAUGGUCAGCUCAAGAAACUCGCAGAGUUCUUGGGUUGUCCAUUUUCUAAGGAAGAAGAAAGGAAUGGAUCAGUAGAUAAGAUCUUGGAGAUGUGUUCUCUGCCUAACCUGAGAAGUUUGGAUGUGAACAAGACAGGAAAAUCAAUCAAUGGCAUAGAGUACAAGAACCAUUUCCGCAAAGGGAUAGUUGGUGACUGGAAGAAUCAUCUAAGUCCGGAAAUGGGUAACAAAAUCGACAUGAUCAUGAAGGAGAAACUCAAAGAUUCCGUCGCUAUGAGUACUGUAGAGAGUAGCAAACCGAAGAUCAUCAAUGGUUCUUGUGGUUAUGUUCUAGAAGAUGUUCCUCAUCUCUCCGAUUACCUUCCUGGUCUUCCUACUUAUCCUAAUCCACUGCAAGACAAUCCAGCAUACUCAGUGGUGAAGCAAUACUUUGUUGAUGCUGAUGAUAGUGUUCCUCAAAAGAUCGUUGUUCACAAGGAUGGUCCAAGGGGAAUUCAUUUUAGACGAGCCGGGCCACGUCAAAAGGUAUACUUCGAAUCUGAUGAAGUGCAUGCUUGCAUAGUUACCUGUGGAGGUCUUUGUCCUGGCCUUAAUACCGUGAUUAGAGAAAUAGUGAGCAGUUUAUCUUAUAUGUAUGGAGUGAAGAGAAUCCUGGGAAUAGAUGGUGGAUAUAGAGGCUUUUAUGCUAAGAAUACUGUCUCCUUGGACUCUAAAGUUGUCAAUGAUAUCCAUAAGCGUGGAGGGACUAUCCUUGGGACCUCGCGAGGUGGUCACGAUACCACAAAGAUAGUUGACAGCAUUCAAGAUCGAGGAAUCAAUCAGGUUUACAUUAUAGGAGGAGAUGGAACUCAGCGAGGAGCAUCUGUUAUAUUUGAGGAAAUUAGACGACGUGGCCUGAAAGUUGCAGUUGUUGGAAUCCCGAAAACAAUCGAUAAUGACAUACCUGUGAUAGACAAAUCUUUUGGGUUUGACACAGCUGUAGAAGAGGCUCAACGAGCUAUUAACGCAGCACAUGUGGAAGCAGAGAGUAUAGAGAACGGUAUUGGCGUUGUCAAGCUUAUGGGCCGCUACAGCGGUUUCAUAGCGAUGUACGCGACUCUAGCAAGCAGAGAUGUGGACUGCUGUUUGAUUCCGGAGUCACCAUUUUACCUGGAAGGAGAAGGCGGGCUGUUUGAGUACAUAGAGAAACGGCUCAAGGAGAGUGGUCACAUGGUACUCGUGAUUGCAGAAGGUGCAGGACAAGAUCUAAUGUCGAAGAGCAUGGAAUCUAUGACACUCAAGGAUGCAUCUGGUAACAAACUUCUUAAAGAUGUUGGUCUCUGGCUGUCACAAAGCAUCAAGGAUCAUUUUAAUCAGAAGAAGAUGGUGAUGAACCUCAAGUACAUAGAUCCAACAUACAUGAUUCGGGCUGUUCCCAGCAAUGCGUCAGACAAUGUUUAUUGUACACUUCUGGCUCAGAGUGCAGUGCACGGUGCAAUGGCUGGAUACACUGGCUAUAUCAGUGGUUUAGUGAACGGACGACAAACCUACAUACCCUUCUACAGGAUAACGGAGAAACAGAACCAUGUGGUGAUCACAGACAGGAUGUGGGCAAGGCUACUCUCUUCGACAAACCAGCCGAGUUUCUUGGGCCCCAAAGAUGUCUUUGAUAAUAAAGAGAAGCCGAUGUCGGCUCUCCUCGACGAUGGCAACUGCAAUGGCACGGUCGAUGUUCCUCCAGUCACCAAAGAGAUCACCAAGUGACCUGAACAUAAGAACAUAAGAACAACGACAUAAGCUUUGGUUUUUCAAAUGAUGUUACAUGUUUUAGUUAGUUGAGUAAAAUAAAAAGGGUUUU